UUCUUAUCGAACCUGAAGGCAACACUGCUAUUGCUGCAACACAGCUGUUAGCUUCACCAAAUAUAUAAUUAGUCACCGUUUAAAACACACAGACAAGAUAUUUAUUCACAGAGUGUGGGCGAAUGACUUGAUUCGAGCUAGCCAAUGUGUUUAAUCUUCUCAUUUCAAAUACUGGUAGGAGUUUGCCAGGUUAGGUUUAACCAGGAAACUGCAAGCAGCAGUUAGCAUUGGAAAGCUCAGGCUCUUCAGCUAGGUUGGUUACCAGGUUUUCAAACGUGAUCAGGAGUUUGGAGUUUGAUGAUGGACAAGUUUGUGGUCCGGCUCCCCAAGGGCGAAACACCAACACCACCAAAGAAUCACGAUAGAGUUUACAAACAAACAACAAUUGAAUCUCUUCGGAGGGUGGUCGUAAUAGAAGACAUCCUGCGUUACAAGUCCAUGCUGGAGCUACCAGAACAGAGCAAGGACAACCUGCUUAGUGCCCUAACAGAGCUGGGAAAGAAGAUCCCAUCCAGAGAGGUGCUCAAGUCCACAAAAAUAGGUCACACUGUCAACAAAAUGCGAAAGCACCGGGACCCGGAGGUGAGUUCAAUGGCAGCAAAGGUUUACACUGACUGGAGGACAUUCAUGGAGGAGAAUUCCAAUAAGCCAUCUAUUGAAGUGCGCUCCGACAAGCAAUCCGAAGGACUCAGGAACAACGCAAGAAGACUGCUCUCUGAAGCUCUGGAGGUUAAGGAGGAUUCUGGCCUCAUAGACAACAUCGAAAGGGAAGUAUUUCAUCGGAGCUCCCGACUGGUCAGCAGCUCAUACAGACGUACUGUUAGAGCGCUGGUGUUUGCCUUCAAACACAACCCUGAGAUCAGAAGUCAAGUUAAGGACGGUAAAAUGGCAGUCAACCAGCUAGUGUCUAAAUACAAAAAAUAACUCAGUAUUAGACUGAGCUGCAUAUUGGUUUUUAAUGCAUACUUUUUUAAAAUGGUUUUUAUAUAAUUUUCUUUUUUGUAAAGAUGCAAAACUCUUAAAUUUUGCAGCACAUCAGUACCUUCACACAAUCAUUGUAAAGAAAAUGAUGAUGAUGAUGAAAUGUGUUGUAUGUUUUUUGGUUCAUUGCCAGUAAAUGCUCUGUUUUUAUAAUGUACAAAAUAUAAUUUAAAGAUGGAAAAGUGAUAAUUUCAACAUUGGAGUUCAUUCUUUAACAGAUACUCCUCCUGAGGGGAGUGGUAGCCUAGUGCUUACAGAGGCUUGGGUCUGGAGAACCUGGGUUUGAAUCCCCAUGCUGGCAACUAAGGUAAAUCCACUGUGGGUCCCUGAGAAGGGCCCUUAGCCCCCGACUGCUCCCCAGGGGCUGAAUCUGCUCCUAGUGUAACUAGUGAUGGGUUAAAAGGAUGAAUUUUGGUGUGUUUCACAAGAUAUGUACUGACAAAGUUAACUUUAAAGACCAUACCCAACGAUCACUCCCUCUCAGUCCUUGUCAGGAUUUAAAGAAAAAUGUGCAAAAACUUCACAUCUUCACAUGAACUAAUAGAAGUUUCCACAAUAGUUUAGUUCAUGAGAUGUUAUGCAGAAAGCUAAAGCUCUUGUUCAAAUACUUUUUUAGUACUUGUCUUAUUUUAGCUCUUGACACUAAAUAUGACAUUCAUCAAUUCAUACACUCAUUUAUAUGACAUAAUUCUUGAUUACAUAUGUACAAUCAUUUUCCCACCAUACAUCAGUGGCAGUGAUGGGUUCAGUGUUUAAGCAAUGCUCAGUGUAGGAAUUAGCAUUUAAACCACUGAAACCACUGUGGUGGAUGGUCAACUCUACCUUCUGAGACAAAAGCUGCUCAGUUUAAAAACAAAUUAAUGAUACUUAUUUUAUAGAAAGUACCUGCAAACUUUUAAAAUAAAAAUGAAAAGAAAAUGUUUGCUAAUGAAAGUUUUGCAGCUGAAAAUGAUUUUAUUAUUUUAUAAUUAAAUUUUUUAGUUCCUUUAAAAAUGUUAACACUCCAUGUAGUAAUUUACUUUAAAAACUAGCCAAUCUCUCAUUAAUUUCACCAUAUUUUUCUAUGUAAUAAUGCUCAUUGGCCACUUAGUAAUCACUUUGAAAUACUCCACAAUCAACAAAUUCUACUUUUUUAAAACCAAAUCUUGUAGUUUUGUUGGUAUUUAAAGGCUAACAGUGCUACUUUAUUAUAGUUAAAUGGGUCUUGAACUGGAGAGCUUUACUUCCAAACAUCUUCCUUGUACGUGGCAUUUUAUGUGGAGUAUGCUAGUGUGGUCAUCAUUAAACAUUAAUUAGAAUUAUUACCCCUGAAUUUCCAUUAUAUUCACCAAUAAAUACAUAUUUGGUCUUGUCUGUAUUAAAAAUUAGAUAAUGGAGAAUUAUUAUUGCAUCUUUAUAUAUUUGUUCAUAUAUCUGAUACUUUUAACAAGCAAGAUCUGUGAUGAUCUAUUUAGUGUCUUUUUACAGGACCUAAUAACUUUCAGAUGUGAUAAACCUACACCAGGUUAUAAUUUAGCUGCACAAAAAUUAUCUCUAUUAAUUUGAGUACUAUAUAAAAUUCAGUAACAGUUUGUACAUGAUAUCAUUGUUGUUAUGCAUGUUUAGAACAAAUUUAAUCGCAAUCUAGAAUUAAGGUUUUUCAGAGGAAAAACUCCAAAAAUUCAUUACUAAAAUAAUAUUUAAUGAACAGUUUAAGGAAUAUAAAACAAUUCAAGUACUUAGAAGAGGUGCCCCUGCCCUC